UUGGUUGGAUUUCAUCUGGUCCACGUCGGUCAGCUUGAGUUUCACGGAGCUGCCGUGGGCCAAAUACGAUCUGGCAGCGUUGGCAAAGUAGGUUCUGGGAGGAAGGGUUGGGCGCAAGCGCAAUUGGGAGUGGGGGGGGAGGGGCAGGAGUGGGGCAUACAGAGUUUAUGGGGAGUUGGAGAGGAAUGGAAUGGCCAUAAAUCUUCUACAGUUCAUUGGCCUUCUCAUAACUCCAUUAUUCGCCUGAAUCAGCCACUAACCUCGCAGAAAGUAGCAACCACUCCCUGCUGUCUUAAUCUCUGCAGCUACCUUACCAUCUCUUGUUCCCAUAUCGCCCCUUCGUCCGUCUCGAAAUGA